ACCCCGCGAAAAUUUUCUGAAUCCGCCAGUGCGGGUGGUGCCUUAAUUCCUAAAGGAAGUUACCCUCCAUUCGGAAUGUCCAUCUCUAGAAUAGAGAAGAAGAAAACAAAGGCCGAUCUACAACGGUUUCUGUUUCGAGAGCUCAACAAAAGAGAAAAUAACGAACAAGUGGCGUUGGGGGCCGGAGACAAAAGGAGGCCCGCCAAAUAUCUAGAAUCUUGUUUUCUUUCUUUCUAGGGCUCUGUUCUGUCUUACCCCAAACAUCUGCAUGUUCUCUCCUUAAAGAGUAGCGCCUCCGAUCCCUCGGCAAUAAAUGAUUUUUUUGUUUUUCUUUUGCAGUUAUUUCUCUCUCUCUCUGCUGAACUUCCCAUGCAAUAAAUAGCUUCGAGAUCCUCUUCUCUCGACUCGAUCCACAGGUAACCCUAGCAGCAACCAAAACAGUACUGUCCCAUUUGGCUAAAGAUUUCCUUUUGGUGCUCUCACAUAUACCAAUACAAUGUCGUCCCAGGUGGUUCUCCUCUGCCUUCUGAUCGUCGUCUCCCUUUCGAUGCAUGCAUGCGACGCUCGGUACCUGCUGAGUCUCAUUGACAGUACUGAUCAAGCAGAAAGCUCACCCAACAAUCAGUAUCCUCCCAAGGAAGGUGUAAGCCUCCAAAAUGGUGCAAUCAAUACCGCCGUCAAGCGCAUUAAUAACCCUUUCACACCCAUUCUCACCAAGGAAAUUACUGCGGCUGGUCCACUAAUUGCUCGUCCUAGGGAUGGUUUGCAGCAGCAGCAGGAAGAUCAGAAUAAUAACGACCUAUUAGUGGGAAUGAGGAAGAGGAUGGGGAGAGUGCUAAUGGUGGAGAAGGAAGACAAUAAUAGUAAUGGUGGAGAUGAUCAGUCAAAAGAGGCCAAUUACACUGAUGACGAUGCUGAGGCAGCAGCAGCAGCAGCAGAUGAUCAGGAGAGCAGUGGUGUUGUUGUGAUGGACUAUGCGCAGCCCCAUCGAAAGCCACCAAUCCACAAUGAAAAAUCAUCAAAAAAGAAUACAUAAAUGAUUAAGCUCCCAUAUAUAUAUUUCCCUAAUUACAUAACACCAUCCAAGGGCUGUGAUUACGUAUACAUGUAAUCCCUCUGCUGCUGCUGCAUAACUUUGUUUUUAUUUCCUUUCUACACAUAUAUGAUUGAUUGAGUACUGUUGCCUAUAUAGCUAGCUUAUAGAAAUGGCUAGCUAGCUGCAUAUCUCAAAUUUGUAACAUGUUAAUUGCCAAGACGAGUUUUGUUGUUUGAUGAAUAUUUCCUGAAGUUGUUUUCUUGACCAACAAAGUUGUGGUAUGGGUGUUUAAUAAGGUAUAUUACACUCA